AUGGCUAUUGAUGACACUCUUUCAUCUCCCGUGUUCCCGACAUGGAUGGAAGAUAAUGAGGUGAAACCACAGAUACCGGAUGAUGAUGUUAUUGAAGAGAGACCCUCUACACAAUUGACAAGGGAAUCUGUUGAAUUCGACACACGACGAACACGACAACAAACACUUCGACCCCGUACGCCCGAACCGGUAGAUCGAUCUCGUCUUCCCUUAUCGAUCGAUAUCCCACGACGAUUAGACCUCUUAUCCAAAAGCUACCAUGAAAGCGAGAAAUUCUCUGGGAAACAGGGCGAUUUCCUGCGUACCAAAUUGAACCUCUUUGCAGACAAGUGUCAACGGUUGGAAUUUCCAUCAAAUGAACUUGCAAGAGCUCUCCCAAUUAUGCUGUCUGGCGCUGCAUCGGAACAUUAUGUCAAUAAUCUUUCGAAUCGUGGCUUAGACUAUAGUGAAUUAGUUCAUAGGCUCAGGGCCCGAUUUGAGCCUGAAGCAAUGAUGAACCGAUAUCGCACCGAGUGGCGAGCCUUGUCACUAAAGACAAUCAUCGAGACAAAUUCUGGAAAGAGCUUGUCAGCUUGUUUGGAGAUAUUGACUGAAAAGAUUCAGAAACUACACCAAGGCCUCUUUGAUGAUGUUGAUACUGGUUUCAACAGCAUGCGCGAUACUCUACAGUCAGCUGUCACUGGGAUCAAAGAGUGUGCUCCUGCCCUCAUGAGGCCAGCUGCUACCUUUGAGGAACUUGUUGCUGAUCUACAACAGGCUAUUGCGAUUGCUGAACAGACGAAACCGUCACGACAACAUGUCUUCUAUACCGAUCGAGCAUUCCGCCGCGGCCAAUACCCUCCAAAACAAUCGAACGAGAAUACCUCAUAUAGACAACGUGAGAAGAAAUGCUUCAUCUGCCGCAAAUUGGGUUGUUGGUCGACGAAACAUACCGAACAAGAGCGUUCUCGAGCUCGAGAUAACUGGCUUCGGAGACGACAUACUUCACCACCGACUAUGAAGAAAUAUCAUACUUUUAUUACUGAAUUUGAAGGCAAUGAGUAUGAUGAAGUAGAUGAGGUUAUUGAGGCUAUGUAUAAGACUAGCCGGGUGAAUGAUGGUGAUAUGUGUGAUGAGAAUGAUCCGGUCGAUUUGUGUGAUGAGAAUGAUCUUGAGAGUGAUGAGGAUACUGGGACAUCGAUGAUGGCUACACAAAACUUCAUGGCAGCUGCAUCUAAUCCUCAACCUGAAGAGAUCUUGGCGAGCCUUGCUGACUGCUCAUUUGAACACGCAGUUGUUACUGUGGGUUCUGAUAAGACAAAUGGAGGUAUGGUUUAUAUAUCUGAAGAACGAUACUCUGAAAAUGUCUUUCGCGGUAUUAUGCCAGAUACGGGUGCAUCGGGAAUGUCAAACGCUGGUUUACCGCAAGCAAGGGCAUUGAUGAGACUCAUCCCAUCGCUGAGAAUUGACGACGCCCCAUCAACUACAAUACACUUCGGCGCAGGCUCCGCUACAUCAAUUGGCAUUUUGAAGAUCCCUACGGUAUUGGGAAUUAUCUCAUUUCAGAUACUUCCAACAACUACCCCUUUCCUCUUCUCCAUUACUGAUAUGGAUCGAAUGAAGGUUCGACUUGAUAAUAUUCGGAACUGUCUUAUUCAAGGCGACCUUGAGAUACCUGUUGUCCGGAAAUGGGGUCAUCCAUGGUGGUUAUUGGAAGCAGCACAUUCUAUUGCUUUCCACCUCACAGAGACACAACUUCGCCGAUUACACCGUCGAUUUGGGCACCCAUCGGUUGAACGUUUAUCACGUAUCUUGGAACGUAUUGGUGAAGAAUUCGACGAGAAAACCCUUAAACAGUUGAACAAGAUUUGCCAUCAGUGCCAGAUGAAUGCAAAGGCACCUGGACGAUUUCGAUUUACAGUCAGGGAUAACCAUGAGUUCAACCAUGAGAUUAUUGUCGAUAUAUUCUAUCUCGACGGUCUCCCUGUGCUACACAUCAUUGACUCCGCAACCGCUUUCCAAGCUGCUUGUUUUCUUGAGCCACAGAAACAGACUGCAAAGGAUGUAUGGGAUGCAAUCCGAUGUUGCUGGAUUGAUACCUAUCUUGGGCCCCCUGAAUGGAUUGUCCAUGAUGCUGGCAGGAACUUUGCUUCCGCUGAAUUCAGGCAAUAUGCAAAGGGAAUGCAUGUGGGAAUACAGGAGGUGCCUGUUGAAGCACAUAACAGCAUUGGAAAGGUCGAAAGAUAUCAUGGUAUUUUGCGACGAGCGUAUAUGAUUAUUGACAGUGAACUAGGUGAUGUAAUUCCCAAGCAUCAGAAGUUGCAAAUGGCUGUCAAAGCAAUCAACGACUCGGCAGGGCCUGAUGGAUUGGUUCCGACAUUGCUGGUCUUUGGGUCUUAUCCACGACUUACAGACGAUUCGCCACCACACUUCUCUGUUGUUCAACGAGCAGAGGCAAUCAGGAAGGCAACCCACGAAGUCCGAAAGCUGAUAUCUGCGAGACAAGUUCGAGAAGCUGUCAAAACAAGAAAUGGCCCAGAUACAGGUAUGAUCCACAGCCUACCCCUUCAAUCAGAUGUACGCGUGUGGCGUGAAAAAAGGGGAUGGCAAGGGCCAUAUAAGCUGAUUGCUAUGGACGGCGAGACAUGUACACUGGAAAUGCCAAAUGGUACGACAAAGUUUCGAUCGACAGUCGUGAAACCAUACUACCAUGAGGAUGAUUCUGGAGAUAAUCAUAUACAGCCUCUUCUUGAUUGUGAAGAUAAAAAUGGCAAUGGGAAAACUGCUAAGAUUGCUGUUGUUCUACAUCAGAAGAAAAAUCCCCCAGAGGUUACGCAUGAAGUUGACGACGAGAUGGGCCAGAAACCAACGAGACGAAAGCGUGGAAGGCCUCGAAGACCACUGUUUGAUGAAGUGUUAUUCUCUACUACUACCGAAACUGGAGAUCUUGGUAAAUUAAUCCAGAGUAUAGACAUGGAGGUGUUUAUGACUGCGAAGGAGAAAAGCGACUAUACUCUCGCAGUUAACUUGAGAGAUAAAGGAAUUGUGACAACCCCCGGCCGACCUUUCGAAGUAUCUGAUCGAACCGAAAUUGAUAACCUACUGGCAAGAGGUGUAUUCGAGUUUAGACCCUUUGAUCCAAUACAACAUGACGGAAUUCGUGUGUUUGGAUCUCGAAUGGUUCGAGAGAUCAAAGGAAAAGGGACGCCACGACCAUAUGAGAAAUCACGAUUGGUAAUUCGCGGAUACAACGAUGAAGGAAAAGCAUUGAUUUUGACACAAUCCCCGACCAUUCAACGGGCAAGUCAACGUCUUUUAGUUGCUAUUGCACCAUCGUUGACCAAGAGAGGGAUUUUCCUAUGGCUGCGAGAUAUUACCCAAGCAUAUGCCCAGUCAACUACACCACUUCAACGAACGAUUCUGGCAAAGCUUCCCGAUCAAAUUCGUGACAAGUACCCGACAGGAACAAUUAUGAGGGUAAUUAAGCCUUUAUAUGGAAUUCCAGAAGCUGGAACACACUGGUGGGCAACAUACUCACGGCACCACCUCGACAAGUUGGGUAUGGUGAUGUCAACAUUUGACCCGUGUCUACUUAUUUCAAAUACAGACAAGUUUGGAGUAAUUGGGAUGCAGACAGAUGACACUUUGGGCCUUAGUGAUCGAGGAUUCUAUGAUCUGGAGGAUGAGGAGUUGAAGAAAGCGAACUUCGCUGCUAAACCAAGGGAGAUCUUGGGUAUUGAGAAUCCACUUACCUUCAAUGGAUGCCGAUUACAUGUUGAUGUUGACGGCGUGAUUACAAUGGUCCAGAAGGGGCAAGCUCAGAAGCUUGGCAUACCAUCUGACAAUCAAGGGUAUGUUGAACAACGAGCAAGAGGUGCUUAUCUUGCAAGUAUUUGCCAGCCGGAAGCAUCGUUCGAUCUGUCAGUUGCUGCUCAACAUAAAGAACCUGGAAAGGAUGACUUUAGACGACUGGCAUCUCGUCUGAAAUGGCAGAUGGAAAACAAGGAGCGUGGACUUCGAUUUGUCCCGUUGGAACUCGAAAAGGCUAAGCUAUAUGUCUUUGUUGAUGGAUCCUUCGCAAAUAACAAAGAUUUGAGCUCCCAGUUGGGAUAUGUUGUUAUGAUUGGCACCGAGAAACAAACCAGCGAAAAUCGAUGUGAGAUUACAGGCAAUAUUGUCACAUACAGCUCAACGAAAUCGAAACGAGUUACAAGAAGCGCAUUAGCAUCCGAACUAUACAGCAUGGUGCAGGGAGCUGAUGUCGGAUAUGCGCUGAAUUCGACACUAGAGAUAAUCACUAAACAACUUGGAAUCCCAAAGAUACCAAUGAUUCUCUGCACAGACUCAUUUUCACUUUAUGAAUGUCUUGUGAAAUUGGGAACUACAAAGGAAAAACGAUUGAUGAUUGAUAUUAUGGCACUACGACAAUCAUACGAACGAAGAGAAGCGAACGAGGUACGAUGGAUUCAUGGGAACGAUAACCCGGCAGAUGCAAUGACGAAAGCAUCGCCAAAUCAAGCCUUGAGGAAUCUGAUCGAUACAAAUAAGCUUAUACUAUCUAUGGAAGGAUGGGUGGAACGAAAGAAUAAAGAAGAAUGAAGGAGAAAAAUAGAGAGUUGCUAGUGUUGUGACUAUUGUGACAUUGGACGUAUGUCACUUUACCGGAUGAGUGAAGGAACAGUUAAGUCACUGGAAGUGGAUGACAUAGGAAAAGGAAGUGAAUACAGGAUGUAUUCGCUGUAUUUAACUAGAGCAGUUCCGACCAUGGAACUAGAAGAGAACAACGAACUUUUACCAC